GUGGAUUGAAUCUGAGCUCAAACUCAAAGAAGUGAAGAAAACAUCAGGAAUCCAAGCUUGUCACAUGGGGGAAGACUGUGAAUCAAGUAGAAGGAUAAACUUUGGAGGUGCAUCUAGUAAUCAGCUUUUGGAAGGAACCCAGAAUUCUUCUCAAAGGAAGGGUGGUUUUGGAUUGCUAGCCAUUUCUGAAUCCAAUAGGGCUCAAGGAAAUUCCAUGUCUGAACCUACAUGUUCAGCUUCUUCUUGGAGAUCACCUGAGUUUGAUCAGCUGAUAUUAGAUCAAACUUCGAAACCAAUCAGCCAAAUUUCAAACAAGGGAAACUUUUUUUCGGUUUAUCUGACAGAUUGCGAGCAAGUUCAGCACCCUGAAAGAUCUAGCGCAAUGUCUAGUUCGAUUGCAAAUCAGUCAUCAACAAGAUCAGUAGUUUCUAGAAGGAGCCCACUUCCACUCUCAGUGGGCAAUGCAGGCUGUAUAGCCAGAGCCAUUUCUGAAACUUCAAGUCUCACCUUGUCAUGGAUACUUCAGCAUAUUGAAAGCAUCUUUUCUGGUUCUGGAACUUGCAACACUCCAUUUGUCAGUUCCAUUCUUCUUCGCCAUAUUUCUCUUUCUCGAAUUCCUCGUGGGAUACCUAAUAUUAUACAAAGAUCCUUUUUGCCUGCCUCUGGGGGUGGAAAUUCCACAUCUCAACUGAGCCCUCCUACAUCCUCACACAAUAUUGAGUUGCGGAAUGGGAGUGACAUGGAGCAUAUGAGGAGGCAACUUCUGGAAUCAGCUUUAUAUAUGCAUAGGCUGGCUGAUAGGUUGUUAGAUGGUUCCAUGUCGUUAAUGAUUCUAACAUCAGGCAAUGAGGUGAACUUCAGGCUUGUAUCCGAGGAUGUUCAAGAAUUUAGCCAAUUACCAUUAUUUUAUACAACAGAGAUGCAUGACCGUUACAGAGACAUGAGGCUUGAUGUGGAUAACAUGUCCUAUGAGGAGCUCCUGGCCCUGGAAGAUCAUAUGGGGUAUGCCAAUACUGGUUUGUCUGAGGAAGAAGUUCUGGAAUCCCUCAAACAUACUAAAUACUUUUUAUUUGGAGAAGAGAAUGCUAGUAAAGAAUGUUGCAGCAUCUGCCAGGAGGACUAUGUGGAAGACGAUGAAUUGGGAGUACUGGAUUGUGACCAUAGCUUCCAUAGUGCUUGUAUUCAACAGUGGCUAAGAAGCAAAAAUCUCUGCCCAAUAUGCAAAUCUACUGGUUUAUCUACAACAGGGCUUGUACUCUCACAGAUUCAUAGUCUGUAAAUAUGUAAUCUAACUCGAAACUUUCUUUCCCUCAUGAGGGAAUUUACGUCUGGUAAGGAAUUCAUAGUUCUCCCCUAAUUUCAUUUUUCUUUAUCUACUAGGGAUUCUCUUUCCCAGGGUCUUGAAUUUGUAUGGCAAUAUGUACAGAACAAAUCCUGUAUGUUGAUAUUUGAACAGGGAAACUUCUCUGAUGUUAAAGCCUAA